CUUUUCUUUUUUUUUUUUUCUUUACUUUGAAUGACUAAUACCUCGACCACUUCAUCAACAACCUCAACAGAAAAGUUAUUAUCAGCAUGUGCUGGGGCCUUAGUUACUUCUUUAUUGGUGACUCCUCUGGAUGUUAUCAAACUAAGAAUUCAAACACAACAAAAACAAACAACUGCCAAAGCAUCGACUCUUUGUUGUCAACUUUCUAACUCUGUUAGUCGAUCCCGGGAAAUUCCUUACUGUUCUUUCCUGAAAAACAUCAAUCAUACUUCUAUACUUCGUUCCACUACUUCAAAACAACAAAUAGCAAAUUUACAUGAAUGUAUUCAUGGACACUAUCAACAUCCUUUGGUAUUAAAGGGAACUUUGGAUGGUCUAUACAAAAUAGUGCGACAUGAAGGUAUUCCGGCUUUAUGGAAAGGAUUAUCACCAGCUCUUGUUAUGUCUGUUCCUGCCAAUGUCAUAUAUUUUGUAGGGUAUGAUCAUCUUCGAGAUUUUAUUCGACCUUAUACUUCAACAACAAAAGAUUAUUCUCCAUUGGUUGCUGGUGGCAUUGCUCGUACCAUUGCUGUUGCUGUCAUUUCACCCAUUGAACUAUUUCGUACAAGAUUGCAAGCUGCUACUGGAGUGAAUGAUUUUCGACAUGUUUUACAAGGGGUCAUCAAAAUGGUAGAAAAAUCUGGUCCAACAUCAUUAUGGCGUGGCCUUCCUCCAACUCUUUAUAGAGAUGUUCCAUUUUCUGCGAUCUAUUGGAUGGGAUAUGAAGAAACAAAACAAAUUUUAUUAUCUUAUGAUAAUGAUAUGAAUGGAUUACAAGCAUCCUUCUUAGCAGGAGCAUUCUCUGGCAUGAUUGCAGCUGGUCUGACAACACCAUUUGAUGUGGCAAAAACAAAAAGACAAGUGGAUGGUGGUCGUGGAGAAUUGAAAGAUAUUCGUGUACCUGCAAUCCUGCAACAAAUAUAUAGACAAGAAGGUAUUCAUGGUUUAUUCAGAGGAUUAUCUGCCCGAUUGGCCAAGGUGGCUCCUUCUUGUGCUAUUAUGAUAUAUUUUUAUGAAUUUGGAAAAUCAUUCUUUGCAAAUCAACAUUAGUUUUAUUAUUAUUAUUAUUAUUACUACUUACCAUUUAUUAUUACUGUAUAUAUACCUUUUGUAUUUUUUUUUUUUUAAUUCACAACUGUGAAUUUGAUCCCCGUCCAUUUUUUACACCAAUAAAAAGUCACGAACUCG